AUGCGAAAAGCUGCAAAUGUUAUACUGGAAGAUAAUACUCCGCCAAUAAGUCCUUCUUCAUCAUUUUCACGUUUUAAAGUAGGAAGAAUAAUUGCUGCUCGCAACAAGAGAGACAGGAAAACAGAAAAUAAGGCUUUGAAGAUAAAAGUUUUAGAAAUGCGAAGAAUCAUUAAAAGAUACAAAAUGCGUAUAAUGCCGGCACUACACAUAGGCCAACGCGUUGGCAAGCGCGCUGCCCCAGCCACUUGCCCAAUGUGUAGAACGGGCGUUGGCGCAUUGUAUUUGAACGUUGGCCGGCGCGCUUGCGAGCUUGCCGCGCGGUGUCGGCAACAUCAAAGGGCACUUGUCGCAAACUUGCGUCGCACCAACCACAACAUUGCACACACAGUUUGCCCGGAGCAGCGAUCAAGAGUGCAUGUUUUCUUUUUGCGGCGAAUUAACACCUAA